AUGAAGGUGACGCUGGCGAUAGGGUUCCUAAUGCUCCUUGUCAUUGCUAACGCGCGUCGCCUUCCACCUGCUAAAUAUGAAACAGAUAAAAAAGCAGUGGACGACCAGGCGCCCGCAGCCACCGGUCAUGAAAAGGGACACGGACACAACUUUGACCACAAAAAGGGUGGAGGCAAAGAGCACCACGCACAUCAUCACCACGAACACGGCGAGCAUGGUCGCAAGGGAUACAAGGGGCACCACCACCACGAAGAGGGCAAGAAGGGUCAUCAUGACAAAGAACAACAUAAAGGCGAGUACGACGACCACGGGGGCCACAAGAAAGAACAUCAUCAUGAAGAUGGCCACUAUGAUGAGCAUCACAAAGGUGAAAAGGGCGAAAAAGGUCACAAAUAUGAAGAAAAAGGCCAUUAUAACAAAGGGCAUUCCACAAAAGGACACCACGAAAUUCAUAAAGUCGACGAGUUUAAAAAAGACAAACAUUUCUUCGACGAAGAAGGCGACUCGGGUCACGAAGAGAAACACGGAGGAUUCCACGAAGAACACGGUCACAAGAAAGGUGGUCACUUCAAGAAAGGACAUCACAAAGGAGGUCAUCACGAACACGAACAUGGUGAGAAAGGACAUCACGAGAAGGGUGGACACCACCAUGAACACAAAGGACACAAGGAGUCCGCAGGUCACGACGCACACCACCAUCACCACCACGAUCACGCCGAGAAAGGUGGUCACGAACAUCACAAAAAGUGGGGAUACAAAAAAGGACACUGA